AAAUCGAACCGGAACACUUUUCUGACUUUUUGUAAGGUGACGAUGCGAAUAUUCGUUGCGUGAUUUUAUUAGCGGAUGUCCCGUUUUUCAUAAGUUCCUUUACUGAUUCAUUGUGUACGAUAUGAAUCCAGUCGUAUUUUGACACGUUGAAUACAUUGUCUAUUGCAAAAUCCUGUGUGUAUUUAAGAUACUUGUUUUCGAACGGUAGGGAACAAUUGAAAAACAUGUUGCCCCUUAAUUUAAAACAAUGAAAGUGGAGAUAAUAGGAAAUAAUGUAAACUAUAUUAUCGAUGCAAUAGUUCAUUUUCUGUGUUUACAUAUGUCAAUAUUCGAUAAAAACACAACGCAAGAAUCUUAACUUGUAUCGUGGUAUUUUAAAGGAAGCGUUAAGAAUUUUAUCGAAUAAAAGACGUGAAAUAAUAUCAAAGAGGGUGCUGCGAGCGUAUUUAAAGGUAUUAGCAAGAUUUGUAAGAGUGUGUUUACAGCAUUUGUUUCUAACAGCGGGAAAAUUCCCACCCGCAUUAGACAUAAUACGAGACGGUCCUGCUUAUAGUCGAAAGCAAUCGAAGGUAGUCGAAGUCAUCCGAGGACAGUGGAAAAUAGUGGGAUGUUCCCCCUCCUUCGGUUUUAACCAUCCCUCAGUUCCCCCCACCACUGGUCGUAUCCCUUCCUUUACUCUCGACUCUCGGUAGUCUCGCUCUAGUACUCUCUCUCCUUGUUUCGCUCGUGUACGUUGACGGUUCUCUCAGUCGCUUCCUCCUCCCUCUCUGUCUUGCUGUGACUGGCUGUCUCCGUCUCUCAUCCUUUUCGUCUUUGUCCGUCUCUGUUUCUCUUUCUUGCUCGUUCAGCUCGUUCUUAACGUCAAACCACUUAGGGCCGCGGACCUCGGCAGUCAGUCGAUCUUUCCUAGCAGCAGCAUUCCGGCAUUUUCCACCUGAUCGCGCGCGGGCGGUCCGGCAAACGCCAUUUUGUUCGUCACGUCUCUUCGUCACGUCUCCUCGUUAGAGAGGAUCCUCGUGCGUAAAACGUUUGUAUGUGCCGCGCACCCUUCCACGCCCCGUGGGACACCUGCGUUAUCAAAAACAACAAACGAAGGCGACGCACUUUGUAACACACGCGCGUUGUUGUGUGGUGCUGGUGGUUUACUUCGAUCGUUCCGUGUCAGGCAACAAGGAAAGGGACACAUAGCAAACGAGAAAGGACGCCGGGUAUUGUUUUUCCGUUGACGAGACCCGCACGGAACGAAGUGCGUGACCCCGCGUGGUGUUCUCUUCUUCGCUGCACGUUCUUCUUCGUUCUUCCUUCGACCACUGUAAGAACGACGCAGGAAAACAACACACGAGAAACGGAAAAGUAAGCAAACCGACGCACCCGUUAAGGGAAGAGUAAUUCAGUCGCGGUUUCAAGCUGAUUCACGCGUAAAUGCUUGGAAUAUCUUGGAAGUGAAGAGGGUUCACUGGUUGGAGCGAGGGCCCGGGUCGGUUUGACAUCGAGAACGAGCAAGGCAACAGGCUUCGCAACCACCGUCACGUGAGGCGGGCGGGCGUGCGGAAGGAAGGAAGGAAGGAAGGAAGGAAGGAAGGAAGGAAGAAGGCGAUUAGGGAUCAGGUUUGAAGCAGAGGGUACGGAUCUUGUGGCUGUGCCAGGUCCGCGCAUGCUUCAGCAACGAGGCAGUUCAGUAACGACACCACCCGCGACGUCAUCGUCCAACAUGUUUCCCCAACAGUAUUGUCUACGAUGGAAGUACCAUCACAGCAACCUACAGACCAUGUUCUCACAGCUGCUCGAGCGGCAGGCUUAUUGCGACGUCACCCUGGCCUGCGAGGGCAAGUUUCUCCGAGCGCACAAGAUGGUUCUGUCGGCGUGCAGCACAUACUUUGACACAAUUCUGUCUCAGUACGAGGAGAUGCACCCGAUCGUCCUCAUGCUGGACGUGAAAUACUCGGAUAUCAAAGUUCUGGUCGACUUCAUGUACAAAGGAGAGAUCAACAUCGAUUACACGAGAUUGUCGUCUCUGUUGAAAACCGCGGAGAAUCUGCACAUCAAGGGUCUGGCAGAGGUGAGCUGGCGUAACGAUUCCACGCAGAACGAAAUGAGCAACAGCGGUCACAGUCCCGGCGCGGCAACGCCAGGCGUCGAGACGGUCCUCAGGGAAGGAGACGCCGACGAGCCGCCACCCCCAAAACAGAGACGCAGAGGUCGUCCGCCUCUGGACGAUCCACCCUCGGCUCACGAUGUGUUCACACCGAAAAUCACCUGCAUCACCGGAAAUGAGGAAAUGAUGAGCGAGGGCGGUGACCAUGAAAGUUGGGACGACGAGAUGAUGAUGAACGAGAAUAACGAAACGCCACUGCCGGUGCUAUCAUACAUGUCCAAAGACGAGAACAUAUCCGACCAGGAAAAGAAAGCGCCUACCACUCCCUCGAAUUCCAACGCCACGAACCUAUCGAUCCCCGAGCAAUUCCGAGACGUCGUGAAGAUGAACGAUUACCUGACGACAGGACGCCGCCAAGAGUUCUGGGAGGAGCCGUUCACGCGACGCGUUAUGGAUGCCAUUAAGAGCAAAGAACUGGAAAUGAAGACUGCCGCCGAGAUACUUGGCGUGUCCUACGGAACCCUCUAUGGCAGAUAUCGCGACAGUUAUGGUUGCCUUAAACAUCCGUAUAGAGUAAGGGAUUUCUGGUCCGAGCCAGGCCCAGCGGAGGUGUUGGCGAAAUUACGAAGGAAAGAGAUCACGUUGUUCCGCGCGGCCGAGUUCCUCAAUGUGACCGUCCAUACGUUGGCCACCUAUCUGUCGACGCUUCAGGGUCCGGACAGAAUCUCGUUGGCCGGUGAUCUGAGCGUCGCGGCCAGCACGGUUGACGGUAACAACGAGGCAAUGGAGAACAACGAUUCGAUGAACGACAUCCUGCAGAAGAUCAACGCGAACGUCGCUACGACCACAGGGACACCGACCACAUCGACACCGAUCAAAAGGGAGGGCGGUGGUUACAUCGAGGUACCUACACCGGUACCAAAAGCUGCCACCUCUGUGCUGGAGAACAAUCCUGACAUAACGAUCGUCAAGACGGAGAACAUGCCUCGUAAACGGGAAUACACGAAAGUCUCCAACACGGAGAACAACAACGCGAAGCUGAUGAGCGGAGGCGCGGUUAGCGAGGUUACGCAACAGCAGCAGCAACAACAGCAACAGCCGAAGAUCACCGAUCCGUUGUCGUUAAACAACGACAACAGCAAACCCUAACUAUUCAGGCCUUAUCUGCAACCGGCGAAUCCCCGUGCACCGAGCGCUAGCUACAGAUCCCACCUGUGCCCAGACCUGCGCAGAUUCUAUUCGAACGUGUUUACCCGCUUUCUCACCAAUUUCCAUUUGAAAUAGAAGGUGGUAUCACGUGUUGUCCCGUGUAGAAAUUCUCGUCACCGUCAGCCAGAGCCCCUCGCUACCUGCCGAGAUACCUUUAGACAAUCUCGCGUCGAACAUCGUCCCGUGGCAUUGGCUGAAUCGUUGCAUCGAGACCAGAGGAUGAAACGUCGCCGUGACGAGUAACCGGUGGAUUAUCUAGAGGCUGAUAACCCACACGAGGACACUCAGCGUCGGUACUUCGACGUUGCGCUGUGUCGAAUCCAGGAAUAAAGAAAAAGGGAGGGGUGAUCCGUUCAUUCCGAUCGGUGCCUUUGGAUCCGCCUGGAUUCUCCCGUUGCGCCACCACCGAUUCAUCGUCGGUCGUGUUGAACCACAUACAGGAACAGAGAGAUAGAGUGCGUUUGUCCGAGCUAUAGAGAACAACUCCUUCGUAAUGUUAGUACCUAGCGAUAUACGGUUCUUCGUUACUUCAAAAUUGGUUCGCUUGAUCCGAAACGAAACAGUGACUAAAAUUAAGUGGCAAAAAAAGAAAGGAAGAAGAAAUCAUGAUGGAUGAAGAGGAUGAAGAGAAAUCGUGUGUAAUAAAAAAAAAAAAACAGUUCAAUCGAAGUUCCUUUUGAAUAACGAUGUAGGGUGUAUCGCGAAAAGAAUGCCUAGACUAUUUUCUGCCGCAUGUGUCUGUAUGGUAGCACGUAAAAAGCGACAAUAUUAUUCACCCGUAGACCCAUGGGUAUAGUGAUCCCAGAGUGACAAGUCCUUCGAGAGAUAGAUGUUUCUCGUGCGAUCGUCGUUUUUAAACAAAGAAAGAAAUAAACAAAAACUUGCACUUCUGCAAACGGGAGCCUUAAAUCGUUCGAGCGUAUUAGGGACGUUUUACGCACGCGUUCGCCGACGAGAUUAUUAAUUUGUACUGUAUAUCUAUUAUUCGUUUAUUUUUUUUUUUUUUUUUAUCGUGGCACGCUUUGCCAGUGUCGUAGGAUGUUCUCGCGAGGAAUCUUUAAACCGAAUCACUUUUGUGAAUCAUACGUGAAACGUUCAAAUUUUUGGAUUCUACGCGCGAACAGAAAGAAGGAACGGUACAAUUUUAUGUUCUUCUUAUUUUCUUUCUUCACGCUCACUGUCUUUAUCUCUUUUUCUUCUGUGUUUAUUGCACGUAGAGAUAUAUAUAUAUGUAUAUUUUAGAAACAUUAUUGAAUUUAUACGCGCGAACUUUCUUUCUCUUUCUCUUUCUUUCCUUUUUUUUUAUACUUAGACGUUUUAUUAAGGAAAUUUUAUUUAAACGAUGAUUGCUGGAUAUCGAUGUCAAAGAUGAUCUAUCUCGAAACGAAGAUAUAUAUAUAUAUAUAUACACGCAUAAACGUCCAUUGUAAAUAUUGGUGCAAUAGUAAGACCUAAAAAGGGGGAAAAAAAAAAUGAAAAAAGUUGAUCUUAUUUAUCGCGAAACGCGCGCGCGCCUUUAAUCGAUAUUUUAAAUGAGAAAGAAACGAAGGAGGAGCAUGUGCUUUUUUUUUAUAACGUCGUGCAAUUGCGUUCGGGUCUUUUGCUUGUAAAUUUGAUAGGCAACCGAGGGAAAACGGAAAAAGGGAAAAGAAAGAAAAGGUAUCCUUGCGAUUUUCCGCAACUUUUAAGUUGUCUCUCGAAAAUGAAAAAAAAAAAUGAAGAAGAAGGCGAGAGGAGAUUCCGUACGUGCGUUACAAUUUAAUUUAAACCGUACUCCAGGAAGCACUGUUUCUUUUAUUUUUCGUUAUAUAUAUAUAUUUUUUUUUCUUUUUUUUGACUGGAACAAAUAUGAGUAUUCCUGUUCGCUGAAGAAGAAUGACAAAGCAAAAAGGAAGAAAAAACCCACUAAGUAAGAAGAACUAAUAGUAUAGUAGAGGUAUUCACGAUAUUGAUAUUUUUCGACGAUAUAAAGACUUAGUUACGUUUGAGAGAACUCAUAUUGCGCGCGAGAGAGAGAGAGCGAAAGAGAGAGAGAGAAGGGGGUACUUGUAAAGUAAUCUGAGGUACGCGUAAUUAUUAAAAUAACAGACAAGAGAAGAACGAAUCUUCGACGAAAGAGGAUGGGAAUGGUAAUGUUGAAUGGAAGUGUGUUGUACAUACAAAAAACCGUAGAUUAUAAUAGAAUGGUGGAGUGUGUGAAAAAAAAAAAAACGCGAAAACACUGAGAAUGUUAUAUAUAUAUAUAUAGAUAUAUAUAUCUAUACAUACUAUACAUAUUCCUUAUUCUCUAGAGGAAAUUCUAAAAUCGACUGACUAUUAAUGAUAAAAAAAAAAAAGAUGACGUUUAACAAACGAUAAAUUGCUCCGCGUGCAAGUGCAAGAGAUAGCGUUGUACGUUUAAAGCGCGGAGUCGAGUAGUAUUUUCUUGGAAGAAAAAAAAAAAAACAAAUUGUAAUCUAUUUUGCGUUAUACGGUUAUUUCUUAUUUUUUUGUUAAUAAGCGAAUGUAUCGUUUUUUAGGCCGUCAGACCCAGAAGAACCGGAGGAUCUCUCUCUUGAUUACUUUACGAGUGCUCUGUACCGACCACUUUUUAUUUUUUACCACGUAUAAGUAAUAUCAUUUUAUUGCGAUAACUUUGCACCGUUCAAUGUAAUGUACGUUUUCUUUAUUUUUAUUUUUAAUUCGUGGACUAUUCGAACGCCAUCGAGAAUGUAGAUCUGUUUUUCAUCUAAUUAUUUUUUUUUUUUUUUCACUUCGUUUAAUUUAACCAUCGUCAAAUUUACCAUUGUGUCUCAUCGAACAUAUUUUUGUAUUAAGACUCUAGUAGCUUUUUCUUCCUCGUUCAUUAUCAUUAUUAUUAUUAGUUUCUUAUCUCUUUUAUUUUAUUUUUUUUUUUUCGUUUUAAGUAAAAUAAGACUAAGACAUACCAAAUGAGAAAUGUAAGGACAAGUUUUUGUUAGGUUAGUACUAAAUAUCGCAUAUCAAGAACGCAAGAAUACAAAAAUGCGGCUGAAGCACUCUUGUAUUUGCCUAUGCAUGUCCCGGUGUUAAACGUGGCCGGGACGCACGAGGAGACCACUUUUACUCUAGCAAGAGUAUACGACUAGAAGUAUUAAUAUUUAAUAUUAAUAAUCAACGCGGAUUGUCCAGAAUGGAUGGUCAUGUUUUUGAGGAUCAAACGUCGAGCCACAUUGAACAAAAAAAAAAAAAGAAAAAAAAAGAAAGAACAAACAAAUAAGAAUGAAUGAAAAAGAAUUCAGUUUUCCUAUUUCUCGGUACUUUGUUUUCGUUUUCUUUUUUUUUUUUUUUUUUUAAAUUAUUAAUCGGCUAUUGAUCCUUGGAAAAUUUCCUACUUCUUCUUUACCGUCCAUAAGGACACCAAGUUACAACGCGUGUAGCCUAUUAUUUUUUUCUCCCAUUUUCCUUUUAUAACGCCUCUUUUAUCUGAGACACGAUGAUUGUUUUUUUUUUUUUUUUUAAACCUUCUUCGCAAGAGUACAAAUCACAACGGUGGAAUUUUUUUUUUUUUUUUGUUAACCCUCUCGGUGCCGCGGACAUCAGCGUCGAGAAGUGUUCUUCCGUCUCCGGUACUGAAAGGGUUAACGGUUAUCAUCGAGACGAUUAAACGAAGUUGUCGUUUCAGUUUGUUUCUUUUUUAUGCGCUUCGUUUUCUCUAGUUUCUUAUAUUAUUUUUAACCCUUUCGGUACGACGGCACGUUAAUCGCAGUGGCCGAGAACCAACAUACUUAAACUUUCAGAAUUACGACACGAUAGGAAAUUAUUAUCGAAUAUAUUUGUUACAGCAGUUUAUAUAUUGCAACAGUUGUCAAGCGGAAAUGCAUAUCUGAAUGUAGCCACUGUAAUCACCGCUCAGACAUACAAGGUGUCCCGUUAUUCUAUAACCAUUGAUGAUAUAAAAGAAUUUUUACGAUAAAAUAAGGAUAAAUGUUUUUUGAAAACGAAUCCUUUUUUAUGUUAUUAUUUUUAGAGACUGUUACUUCAACGUAGACACCCUGUAUGCGAGGGUUAAUUAUUUAUAAUAUAAUAAAAAUUCGACACAGAGUUCGUUUGCUGAUUGCGUACAGCUAGGAACAUAGAUGGUUUUUCUCCAGUUAGGGAAACGUAGGGAGAGAAGAGAAAAAACGAGCGGUGAAAUACUUCUUUAUAACGCACGACGGAUGCUGGAGCAAUCUUUUAUAUUAAAUUUUUAUUUAUUGAAUAUUUUAAUUUUUUAAAUUGUACUAAUACAGAAUAAUCGAAAGGAAAAUAUAUGUUUAUUGUAUAAUUAUUAUUCUUCUCUUAUACAAUAUAAAACCUACAAUUUCCUUUUGGAUUAUCACGGUAUCACUGAAGUCUUACAAUCUCAACUUGGUGUAAAAUAGAUUGAAAGAUUGGACCUUGUAUGGGCCAGUAUCCGCCGUACGAGGAUAACACCUUUAAUCCCGAACUGAUCGAAUGCAUGAAGUAAUAUUACCUCAUUGGGGUUGAAGGUGUUAUUAGAGGGGAACUUACGUGCACCUGAUUGUACAGUCGCGUGCAUAGAUGGCUUCCUUCAGUUAGGAAAAAUUGUCAGAAGAGGAGUUAUAAAGAAAACCAUCCCCUUAUAGAGAAAACCAUCUAUGCUCGCGACUAUACAAUUAUAGAAACUUAGUGACAAGAAAUGCUGCCAUUGUAAAUCGUGAAAGCAUCAAUGGCCAUCGACCGUGGUGUCCGAUAAUGCUCGUACCGAAAGGGUUAACGAAGAGAUGGCGCGUAUGCGAAACCGUACGUCUCAAAGACUGAUGGCCAUUCAUUUGGAGGUUCUUUUGUAAUCGUAAUCUCACACCGUGCGGUGAUACGUCGACGAUCACCCACGGUAAAUCGACAUUGUACGAGAAGACAGGACAAGACUAGCCUAUUAUUGGCGAACGAUGAUUUUGCCCGGUUCGUCCGCCGUGCGGGGCAUCGUGCGAUGAGACUAAUACGAAAAAAAAGAAAAGAAAAGUAAAGAAAAAAAAAAAAAGAAAAACAGAAAAACAAAAACUCGAUAUCAUAAUUAUGUGUCGUUUGAUAUAAAACGAAGUAACGAGUAUAGUAUGUAUCAUCGUUUUAUACACAACCUAAUUAUAUCUACGUACACUAUGUACAUUCCUAGUAUACACUGUGUCACGUACACAAACAUACACGUACACAAAACACAAGACGAAUGAUAAAGAAAUGCAUGGACCUAUUGUAUACGUGUACGCGCGCUAAGACGACGCGUGGUAAAUUCGCGCGUGUACAUACGAAUGAACGCGCGCGCUGGGGACACAUACACAUAUAAAUAUAUUUAUAAUAAUUAUUAUACAUAUACAUAUAAAUAUAUAUAUAUAUCUAUUCCAAAACGGACCAUCGCGACAUCGACGUACGAAGAUCAUUCAAAGAAAAAAGAAAAAAAGAAAGAUACAAUACAAAUGGGAUAGAAGAAAAAGGGGGGAGGGGGGAGAAGUACGAUGAGGAAAUCCUGAUUGACGAUACGGGCGUAAUUAAUUAAUAAUACAGUGAAACUUCAUUUAUAAUGAAAUAGGUUCAAUUAGUUCUUUGCAUUGCGAUUGAUUUUUCUACCGAUCAAAGAAACUGAAUAACUGUAGAUUACUUUAAUGUUUAUACCGAUUUCGCAUUUGUUUAGUUCAAUUCCAUUUCUUUUUUUUUUUAAAUUUUAUUUUACGUACUAAUUCCAAUUUGAAAACUCAUAAAAGCUUUCAAACAUAAUUCCCUCGGUAAUCCUUUUUUCAAUAAAUAAAUGAAGUUCUACUGUAAUCGUCGUUGAUUUAAAUAAACGAGCAUUAAAAAUUUCAUUGUUGGGUGAACAGCAUCGCCAUUGUCAGUGUCUCAUGUAUAACGAACGCAAUCGAGUCUGUCAAUUUUUCAGAUACGCGGAAACCUCCGUUCAGGGGGUAGGUGUAUACGUAUACAAAAUACGAAGAACAAUGUAAUAAAAAGAAAAAUGAUAAAAAAAAAAAAGAUAAGAAAGAUAC